UCAGAAAUUGAAGUGGGAUAAGAGGAAGGAGAAAAUGCUGGGCUGGUGUGAAGCAAUAGCCCGUAACCCUCACCGAUUCCCAAGCAACACACGGACACCUGAGAUUGCAGGGGACUCGGCGGAUGGCUCCCAAACCCCCACAUUGAACCAUAAAGAGCCUGGAAGGAAUGCCUCAAGGUCGUCUUCCAUAUCUGUCGCCAGCAGUCCCACCUCAGGAGCCGCUCCCCGAAGCCAGUCGAGGUUGUCUGUCUGUCCAUCCACUCAGGACAUCUGCAGAUCUGCCAUCUUGCAUGACAUGUCGGAGGAGGUACUUGAGCCCUGCACCCCUGUCAUGGAGCUGAGCCGCACGAGGAAGGGGGCCUGUGAGAAGCCAUUAACACAGAGGGCUAGGGCAAAGAAAGGCCUCAGAGAGAUCGAGCAUGCGGCUCAACAAAGGAAAGGGCGAAGAAAGGACGUUCACCCUCAACUAUCUAGCCCCGGAUGGAGUGAACUUCUCACCACUUCUUCAGAUUCAUCUUCCACAGAUGAGAGUCAAUGGAUUCAGGCUAAAAGAAGAGGCCAGGUUAAAUUCAGACUUUCACGAAGAAGGAGAAUAAAUAAUAAUAAUAAGCCUUGUGGGAACUUGGAAAGGACUUCCAUGCCCAGCAGAGUUGAACUUGGUGACUUGAGGGCCAAAGACAGAAAGCCACAGGCGCAGAUCCAAUAGGAGAGCUGCUCUCUACGCCAACGAGGAGGAAAAGCCACAAGGCACCAAGAAAGUUUGCCCCUGCCCAGAGGAUCCUUUGAGAUUCCGAGAGUCUCAAGAAUCCACGAAGGAAACAAAGGUAGAUUUCUUGCAGGAGAGCCUCAAUUCUUUCUUAGUCUCAGGCAAAAUGAAACCAUCGAGAGCAGCUGUCCAGAGAGUGAUUCCAGCCCUGAAGUCUUAGAAGUUCACGGCGCUGGCCCUCCUGUGGACGGCACAGUGUCCGGUCAGGCAUUUUGUCAGAAGUCUCCUACCAUCUACGAUGUUGGGUCUGAUCAUUUAGAAGUAUGCAGGAUCUGCCACUGCGAAGGGGACGAAGAGAGUCCGCUUAUCACUCCCUGCCGCUGCACGGGCACCCUGCGCUUUGUGCACCAGUCCUGCCUCCACCAGUGGAUCAAGAGCUCCGACACGCGGUGCUGUGAGCUCUGCAAAUACGACUUCAUCAUGGAGACCAAAUUGAAACCCCUCCGAAAGUGGGAGAGACUCCAGAUGACCACGAGCGAGAGGAGGAGAAUCUUCUGCUCGGUCGCGUUCCAUGUCAUCGCCAUCACCUGUGUGGUCUGGUCCUUGUACGUAUUAAUCGACCGGACGGCUGAGGAGAUCAAGCAAGGCAAUGAUAAUGGUGUCCUUGAAUGGCCGUUCUGGACGAAGCUGGUUGUGGUGGCUAUCGGCUUCACAGGAGGGCUGGUCUUCAUGUACGUACAGUGUAAAGUCUACGUUCAGUUGUGGCGCAGGCUAAAGGCCUACAAUCGUGUCAUCUUUGUGCAGAAUUGUCCAGACACUGCCAAAAAACUGGAGAAGAACUUCUCAGGCAACGUAAGCACAGGUAUCAAGGAUGCUGUGGUCGUACCUGUAUCACAAACGGGUAUCAAUUCACUGCCACCUGCGGAGGGUGGCCCCCCUGAAGUUAUACCAGUUUGACGGGACAACCUAGGAGUUUCUUCACUGAGGAAGAAGCCCUCAGCCACUACAAACGACAGCAGUGCUCCUGAGUUACUCUCUCCCUGUACCAGCUCUUCCUCCGACGGACUCACUUUUCGAACUUCAUGCGAAAAGGAGAAAACAAACCAACUCAAGCCCACCGCCACCAUCAGAGGACCAGGAUCUCAAGAAGCGGUGGCUAAUGUGGGAUACAGGAAUGUGAAAUGUUGGCCGGAGAAUGCUUCCUAAAACAAUUAAGCACGAUUGGGACAAGUAUUGCGCAUAGGAAAUGACAAGAGACUUAAUGGACAUAUGCAACUCUUAAGGGGAGUAGGGGAGAAGUUGAGUUAUAAAGACUUGAAUUGCAAUGUGUAUUUCUUCUAGGGCCUUGUAGGUUAACUGGCUCACCUGAAAAUAACAUUUGGUUUAAAGCUUGAAAUUGCCUGCAUUAUCCCUAAGUCAUGCCAGAAGUGAAAUUGGAGGAUUAAUAUUUUGAUGUUCAUAUUCUGACCGCUGAAAGCAUACUUUGAUUUUUAUGGCCAUGGUGAAGUCCAAUCGUUCUGACAGAUGCAAGUUUUUUUGGGGGAA